GACCUCGUACUUAUCUCAGGCUCGCUUUGCCCCGGGAGUCUUCUCGAAAGAGGACGGAUAGUACGUCAGCACGUCUCGACGUGAAACGGUGAUUUUUCCAGCGUUGUUUCAGCAGCUUCCGGUGGAGCCUGCAUGUUGAUGUCCUGCGUUUGACACUAUUGCGCUCGAAGUGGAGCGAGCUCUGGAAGUGUCCGGAGGAUUCCAGUAUUUGUUACGGUAACUUCAUCAGCCUGCCAAGAUGGCGAUGCAAGCGGCCAAGAGGGCGAACAUUCGACUUCCGCCUGAAGUAAAUCGGAUUUUGUAUAUAAGAAAUUUGCCAUACAAAAUCACAGCUGAAGAAAUGUAUGAUAUAUUUGGAAAAUACGGACCUAUUCGUCAAAUCAGAGUGGGGAACACACCGGAAACUAGAGGAACAGCUUAUGUGGUCUAUGAAGACAUCUUUGAUGCCAAGAAUGCAUGUGAUCACCUAUCGGGAUUCAAUGUUUGUAACAGAUACCUUGUGGUUUUGUAUUAUAACGCCAACAGGGCAUUUCAGAAGAUGGACACAAAGAAGAAGGAAGAACAGUUGAAGCUUCUGAAGGAGAAAUAUGGCAUCAAUACUGAUCCACCAAAAUAAACACUGUUUUCUGCAUUUUCAUUUUGGACUAAAACCCACGAAUGACUACCAACACUUUUUUUUUUUUUUUUUUUGGUAAUUAAUACUAAAUAUUGUGAUUUCGUAUUUGAGACUCAAAAUGACCUGCUUGAAACUUUGAUACAUGUUAGAAUGUAUUAUGUUAAUAAACAUGUAGCUUUUUGUAAAACA